AUGCGGUCCUUUCGCACAGCAUUGGCACAGGACGCUGAUUUCGCCGAUGGUAUCCCCGAAGCGAUCGCGUGGCUCGGCUUCCCGACUCGUCGAAACCCCCUCUUCUUACCCCCCAAGGGUUCCGCAAAGACCGCCAACAGGCCCCUCUCCGACAUCGGCCUCAACAGCGCCAACAGCGGCGAUCAACUAGCAAGGCUAUGGGACGCGCAGGACUUCAUCCUACUCGAGAAACAACCCGCACCUUUAGGUGGAAAUUAUGGCUCCGUAGAGUUUGGCGGCGGUAGCGGUGACAACGCCGCUCUCAAGUCCGGCAACAACGCGGUUGGUGGUGGUAGUGGUGGUCGGCGAAGACCCAAUAUUCGGGAUCGCAUUCGAGCGAUGAACACCCAGCUCGCGGGCACCCAGGGAACGAUCCGGGACCUCGAAGAAAAGUUGCGCUCUCUCGAGGGCGAGAGGGAAGAGGACAGGGAAAGGGCGACGCGGGUGAGGGGAGCGGCGCGAGAGGCCGGGCAGCGAAAGAUGACCCAGAGGAUGUACCGACUGAGGGGUGACGCGGCCGUCUUGGAGGAAGGGAUCGAGGAGCUCGACGGGGAGAUCACGGGCGUGCGAGUGCGGCUGUUCGCCAAGAGGCUGGACGUGGCGAGAAAGCGAAUGCUGAAAGACGCUCUUACAGCGGAAAUGUCGGCGAAAGCGAAGGCGCGCCGGCGAAAAGCAAAGGAACAGAAUCAGCCGAACAGUUCGGCCGCAACCGGGACCAACGAUACCGAACGUCGAAGGGGACGGCAAGAUACCAGCGCGGCGACGAUCCAGGCGCGCGUACGAGGCAUGCGAGCGAGGGCGUCGCUAGAAAGCGAGCAGGAGGCCAGAGCUAGCCGCCGCCGCGGCUCCGCGGGAGAAGAAGAGACCGACCGUCGUCUCGCUUGUCGCGGCGAUAACGACGACGAGGAGGAAGCAGCGGCCGUCCGAAUCGAGUCGGCGGCGCGUGGACACCUUGCGCGGAAGCGAGCCGCACAAGCAGCGGGGACGCGGGGCGAGAGUCGGCCGGCACCACCCGCCCCGUGUCGUUCUUCUGAUGACCCUGCGAAAAAUGAAGCGGAAGGGCGAAAUGAGGUGCUGGGACACGAUGAAACUGCAGCAACAGUAGCACCAGCUCCAGCACCUCUCCCGCCCGAUAGUCUCGCUCAAGUAGAGGCCCUCGGCGCCGUCGGCGUGCGAGCGUUCUUUGACUACCUAGGACUCGGAGGUUGUGCAGACCGCCUCCAGGGUGGUGGUGGUGGUGGUGGUGGUGGUGACGGCGCCAUAGACGGCGCUUGGCUCGCAAGGAUAGCUCGAGCUUCAGAUCCAGAUGCUGAGCUGCUCGCCGCAGGUGUCUGCGCGCGCCUCCACAGAGUGAAGCUGCUGUCUGUCCUGGGCAUUGGCCCCGGGGCGACGACGGCGUCUGAGGAAGUAGCAGGAGUCCUGGACAAGGGCGAGUUGGCAUCGGCACCCGCGUCCAUCGGUGGCGUGCCCUGCGGUGAACGCUGCCGUGGUAGCGGCGGCGGCGGAGGUGCCUCCCCUGUUGCGGCGAUGGCUGCGCUGCGCAUGGUGCGGCAACUUCGUCGGGAGCUGCUGCCUGCCGCCGAGAGCACCGGGCCAACGGACUAUGGGCAUGGUGCUACAGAUCCGAGAGGAACUGGUGGCGGAGAGACAGAGAUGCUCGAAAACAGGACCGCGGCGAGAAGCGAGAAGGAGUCUCUCGUUUCGGAACUGAUUCCGGAGCUCGAGCAGGUUCUCUCUGAGCAACUUCGACUUUCCACUCAGAUGCAAGAGUCGCGGCAGUACCACGCGGAGGGAGGUGGUCGACACUAG